AAUUGACUGGAAUAUCAGUCACUAGGCGUUAGGGGGCAAGGGCGGGGCGGGGAACAGGAGGACUGUAAGAACAGAAGCUAAUUAUUGGUCGGUCCCCUUAUUUCUGUCUUUCCCCCGCACUUGCGGUUUCGAGGAGCAUUUCUGAUUGGUCACCUAGGAGCCCCUCCACGGACAGCUGACGAGAGGCAGAGGUUCAGAUCUGGAAGCUCCUAGAGAAGCUAACGCUGCUUCUUGGCAUUUGUGCCUGAUUGGCCGUUCCCAGGAGGCCACCAUCCAAUCAGCGGAGGCCCGAGGAGGGAACGAGAGCGCCUCCUGCAGUAGGCAGCCGGCUAGUGGUGAAGUAGGACCGAGGAAUCUAGCUGCGAAAACCCCGCACGCUGUACCUCGCUCCAACUCCCCGACACUGAAACUCCACUGUUUGGGGCCAGAAGAAGAUUCUGUUGUUAGGAGUUGGGGAUCCUCUUUCCUCCUGAUCCUGGGCAGCAACAGGAGGCACCAGCACUGCCCGUCUCCCCUCUAGGGUCUGAGAGGCAUCCCUUCUCUCCCCCCGCAGGAUUUUUUCCCUACGAGGCAGCAUCUCCCAACCAGAGCCCCCUUUCGGGCUUUCAGAGUGACUGGCUGGGGCUGGGGCAGGGCACUGCCACACCUGACUUCCUCUCCCCGGGGUGUGGAAAGGGACAUCUCCCUGUCCUCGGGAAGACAACCUCUAAUAUCUUAGUAAAUUUAUCUAUCUCACUCGCUCCCCACAGCUGUAUUUAUAGAUCUAUACCUGUUCGCAGUUUUUACCUAGUUAUAUCGAUCUUUUAAUAGGUCUAUUUAUUUGUUCACAGACACUAUUUUCCUAUUUUGUAUGUCCAACUCUUUAUUGAAUUAGUAGGGAGAGCCUCUCACCAUAAAUCAUUGCUACUAAGGGAUCUAGGAAAGGUAGCUCCUUUGUAGAGUUUAGAGCACAGGUUCAGAAAGGUGAGAGACAGAAGACUGGAAUGAGAAGAUGUUCUAUUACCCAAACGUGCUUCAGCGCCAUAGUGGUUGCUUUGCCACUAUCUGGCUGGCAGCCACAGGCGGCACUCGGCUAGUGAAGCGCGAGUACCUGAAGGUGGAUGUGGUGGAGACAUGUGAGAAGAUCCUGCAGUAUGUGCUGGUGCAAGUGCAGCCAUCUCUGCCCGGCGUCCCCAGACCCCGCUUCUCCCUCUAUCUCUCUGCCCAGCUCCAGUUCGGCGUUAUCCGUGUCUAUUUCCGACAAUGCCAGUACCUUGUGGAGGACAUCCAGCAUAUCCUGGACCGCCUGCACCGAGCCCAACAGCAGAUCCGUAUUGACAUGGUGGAAUCAGACGUAGCUGGCCUCCUGCUGCCCGACCCGCUGACCACCAUGGAGGCCAUGGCAGAUGCCCCUGACCCCUUCUUUGGAGUGAUGACCAUUGACCCUAACCUUCCUAGUCCCUUCAAUAUCCCACAGGUUCGACACCUCUUGGAAGCCCCAACUCCUGAGAGGACUCCUAAAGCGACCCCUCCUCAGGACUACCUUCAACCCAGGAAGUCAGACAAAUCCCCCAUCACUGUCCUGCCCCCUGAAACCAUCACCCUUCAGGAGGCAGAGCCAAUCCAUGUGCUUCAUAUCGAGGGUGAGCAGGACCUACCAGAAAUCUCCCAUCAAGACCUGGACCUGCUGAUGGCUGGGGAUGAAGAAGCUAUCUUAUUGGAGGAAAACUCCAAGAGCCAUCCUCCUGGGGAGCACCUCCUGACCCAGAUCGGCCCCAUCUCAGAUGCUGUAGAGUCGGUGGAAAUGUCCAGGGCCCCUGAGAAGGAAAAGCCCCCCCGGCUGUCCCCUUCAGCCCAGACACACCUUGUCUCCAGGAUCCAGGAGGUAGCGGAGCCCCUGUCCGAGAAGGAACUGGUCCCUGAGGAGCUUGUGUUACUGGUCCCAGAGGCUGGUCCUUCCCCACCAGAAGCGAUCUUGUCUAAGGAGCUACUUCUGCCCAGGAUGCCUAGUCCUUUAGAGCCUCCUGUUCAGGUCCCCAGCAGCCCUGAACUGAUCCUCCCAAGGCUGUCCCCACCGCUUCAGCGUCCACCCUCCCGUCGCCAGCGCCGCCUGCAGCUGUAUGACAAGGAGACCCAGAUUUCUCGAGAGGAAUUCCAAAAUCAAGUAGUACAAACCCAGGCCCACACCCGGGACUGCCCAAUGGUCCAACCUCUGGGGCAGAUGAAGAGCCCCGCGGAGCUGCUGAGAACUCCAGUUUAUGCUGGAUGGCUACACCCAGAGCUCCUGGAUCUCUGGACUCGCUGUGCCCGGGUCCCCCCAAAGAAGCUCCAAUAUCGGCCCCGCCCAGAGCCCGACUCUCUGGUUGAGCAGUUAGAGGAAAAGAGAAAGGCCGAGGCCACGAGUGAAAUCGAGACUCUUCGAGAUGCCCAAGAGCCCAGUGGUCCCCUGCUACUGUCUUCAGAGCUCUCCUUGGAGACGACUGAGGAAGAGAGGUCCCGCCUCAGUUUCAUUCCCCCUGAGGAGAGGUGGGGCUUAGGUGAGGUGGAGGUAGAGAUGCCGGUGCUGCCUGUGGUCCCGGAGCUUCCAGAAGUGCCCGAGCUCCCCCUGCAGCUCACCCCAGAUCCACAGCUCCUCUCUCCAGAGGCUGUGCAAAGGGCUAUCAUAUUGGAGUUACAGACUUCAAGAGAAAUACAUUUCAGCAACCUGAUUCCUCCCUUUGCCCCCCGUCUGGUGGCUGCUAGGAUCUUCUACUUGCUCCUGGUGCUAUCAAGGCAACAGGUCCUGUAUGUGGAGCAAGAAGAGCCCUACGGCAGCCUCAUCAUCCGGCCAGGGCCUCGGUAUCCCUACCAUUAGAGGCCCGUCUUUUGGAUGUGCUGGGAGACUGAAUAUCAACUGCUGUAUGAUAACCCUGCCCUCAAGUUUCCCCAUUCCCUACCCCAAAGCUGCAGUGCAUCAAAAUAAAUGGACUUUAUUCAAAUCAA